GCGGGGCCUUCCUUGCUCCGAUCAACACCAGCGCGCAAUGACGUACCCAGCUUUGGCCGGCUUUGGCCAGCUUUCACACCACAUCCGCUCGCACCUGCACACGCGGCACACAAGCGAGUGUUUACUGCCAAGUUUUGGCGAGUGGCAGGCCUCCCCUCUCCCUUCGCUACUGGCGUCUCGUUGUGUGGUGAUUGUUGACUUCCUGGGUGAGGAACGCUGCUGGCUUUGGGGGCAGCCUCAUUCAUAUUCUCUAGCAGACAAUAUUCCGACGCAGCCUGAUCGUCAGGACAAGGAGCGUCUCCGCUUGACGGCCUGCAGGUCAACGGAACAGCCACUAUGGCGGACCAACAGCAACAUGCGCCUGGCGGCUUCUACUCUGGCAAGAACAAGAUCCCCACGGUCAACCAGUUGCUGGAACGCCUGGAUGUGGACAAGAAGGAGCGCGAUCGCAAGAUCGAAGAGGAGCAAAGAGCUCGCAAGGCCGGUACUGCGGGCGUGGGCGUUGCGCAGCCUCACCACAAUGAACAGCGAUCCAAGGCCGGCCAGAAGGUCGUCACCGAUCCCACCACGGGGAAGCAGGUCGCAAUUGAAGACGUCAGCGAGAAGAUGAUGGAUAAUGUGACGAACCCCACGCUAAGUGUACCUAACGCCAACUUGGGCAAGGACACGACGGUGAAGACGGACGCCAGUCAGAAGAACCCCGAGUACGCGCACAACCAGGACAUCACUGCACCACCCGAUCCCGUUGCCGAAGGUAGUACCAGCGACGUACCGAUCCAUGGCGAGAAGACGAACAUCCUCUUCCAUCCCACACCCUCCGUCAGCUAUGAGCCGACGUUUCAGCGCCUGGAGGAGCGUGGUUUCUACCUUUGCGGAGGCGUCUUCCUGGCGAUCAUUAUCUUGGGCAAGACAUUUGGCGGCAAGUAUAUUGGUAUUAUCCCACUGGCUAUGUGUGUGAGCAGUGGUAUCUUCCUAUGGGUUAAGGAGGUCGUCCGCUCCGGCCGAGAGGUGGAGUGGGAGUCCGAGAAGGAGCGUGGCAAGACAGCGACCGCCAAUUUGCUACCAGAAAGUGUUGAGUGGUUGAACACGCUCCUGGCCUGUGUCUGGGGCCUGGUCAACCCCGACAUGUUCACGCCGGUCGCCGACACGCUCGAGGACGUCAUGCAGGCUUCGGUUCCUGCCAUCAUUGAGAACGUGCGUGUUGCCGAGAUCAAUCAAGGCUCCAACCCCAUUCGCAUAUUGAGCUUGCGAGCCCUACCGGACGAUCAUGUCAAGGAGCUCAAGCAGUCUAUCCACGAGGAGAACAAGAAGACUAAAGACCCACAAGAAGCGGCCGCGGACGAAGAGGGAGGCGAAUAUUACAACAUCGAGAUCUCGUUCGCAUACCACGCUGAGCCGUCCGGCAAGCGUGCGUCGGAGAAAGCGAGAAACAUGCAUAUGCAGCUGGUCUUCUACCUUGGCAUCAAAGGCUUGUUCGGCGUGCCGUUGCCCAUCUUCGUCGAACUGCAAGGCUUGGUGGGCACCGUUCGUCUUCGUCUUGCGAUGACGCCUGAGCCACCCUUCCUGAAGACGUUGACCUUCACACUCAUGGGUCUUCCGCACGUCUCAGCGGGCUGCAUUCCCAUGCUUGAGCAUGGUGUCAACAUUCUCAAUCUGCCUUUGAUCAGUCAAUUCGUCAACUACGCAAUUGGUGCAGCUGCCUCACUGUAUGUUGCGCCGAAGAGCAUGUCCAUCGAUAUGCGUGCGAUUCUACAAGGCGAUGACAUCACGAAGGACACACAGGCAAUGGGCAUCAUGUGGAUUCGCAUUCACAAGGCCGUGGGCUUGAGCAAGCAGGACAAGCGUGGUUCCAGACAUGGAGGCAGUGACCCGUACAUUAAUCUAUCCUUCAGCAAAUAUGGAAAGCCGAUGUACUGCACUCGUGUCAUUACUGAUGACCUCAACCCGAUCUGGGAGGAGACAACUGCGUUACUCGUCACGCCAGAGCUGAUCAAAGCCGAUGAGAAUCUGAGCGUUGAACUGUGGGACAGCGAUCGCCAUUCGGCAGACGACAUCGUCGGCAAGGUUGAGCUGAGCAUGCAAAAGAUGAUCCAGCACCCCGGCAAGAUGUACCCGCAAGUGUCGAAGCUCGCAGGCAUGAACGAAGGCAGUGAAAUGCCCGGUGAGCUACAUUGGGAGGUCGGCUACUUUGGGAAGCCAAAGUUCAGGCCCGAGCUCAGAACCGACGGCAAGAAUACUGCGUUACCAGAGAACCUAAGAGACAAGCCGGAGUUGCAGGACGAGAAGGGCACGACUAACACCGCAACUGACGAUGCCGUCCAGCACACGCCCCCGGAUCCGCUGUGGCCCAGCGGUGUAUGUUCAGUCGUGGUCCAUCAGAUUGUGAACUUGGAGUUGGAGAACAUUCAGGGUAGCAAUCCGAAGAAGAAGCCGGGGAGGGAGUACGAGCCAGCCAAGCCAUAUGGCGAAGUCACCGCCGAAGAAGGCAACCAACUGCCGACGAGCUACUGUACGAUCUUGUUCAACGACGAGCUGGUCUACCGUACGAGAAGCAAGGCCGUGAGCAGUCAGCCCAUCUUCAACGCCGGUACUGAACGAUUUAUACGUGACUGGCGGUCUGCGAUCAUUACUGUCACGGUACGCGACUCGAGGAACCGCGAGCAUGACCCUGUCCUUGGUGUAGUGCCAUUGAAGCUUAGUGAUAUUCUCGACACGAGCAGUCAAGUGACAAGGUGGUAUCCGCUUGACGGCGGCAUAGGGUUCGGCCGUAUCCGCAUAUCACUCCUCUUCCGCUCCGUCGAAACCAGGCUGCCUCCGCAGCAACUCGGCUGGGAUGUUGGCACAUUCUUGUUCAUCAGCGACCGUAUUGUGGCGAAGGGCUACAACCAUCAUGCGAAGAUCAAGCUUCGGACGGGUGGCUCUGUUGGUAAGAUCAGCAGGACCGCUUGCCACGCGCUAGGAAAGUCAGAUGGAGAGAACGAUAGCCAUGGCUAUUAUUGGGACAUGUCGCACAAGGGCGAGGAUGGGAAGGAGGUCAAGCUGCCGGUCAAGUACCGCUACCGCUCACCUGUGGUCUUUGAGUUCCAUACUGCUGGCAAGCGUAAAGCGGAUGCUCAUGCGGUGCUGUGGCUGAACACGUUGAAUGACAACGAUGACCAAAAUAUCGACCUCCCCAUUUAUCAGACUUCGGCGCCGGCACGAUUGACCCAGAAUUACAUCACGCCCGAAAUUGUCGCCGCUGGCGCCUUGCCAGGUUUGGAGGACCUCAAGGAGAUCGGGCGCUUACAAUUCGUUGGCCGAUUCAAGGCUGGUAUGGACGAAAGCCAUGCCGCGUUCGUCAUGGACAAUGACUCGAGGGAGACGUAUGAGACGUGGGAAGCAUGCUUGGCGGAAGGAGUGCGGACACGGCAGGUUGAGAAGGAGCUACCGGAGCGCGUGAGUGAGCUCCAUGAGCAGAGUCUCCUUAAGGGUCGCGAUGUCCUCAAAAGUGCAAGCGAUGAAGAGAAGCAGAGGUGGCUUACGAAGCAAGGUACGGAUUGGUCGGGCGCUUUCGGUGACGAUCCGGCGAAGUAUAUGGACAGGGAAGGUCGCAAGAGGCGAGAGCCGGGCGCUGAGGCACCCCUUCAUGGCCCCUACCGCGAAGGCGAGGAUGCACACUACGCUGAUGAGACUGCGGAUGAUGAUGAUGACGACGAUGAUGACGAUGACGACCUCGGCGUUCACGAUGCGACUACUGCGAACGGACACAGUGGCUCGCCGAUGUCGACUCGCAAAUCAAUGCAGUCCAUGCGAACGGGUGCCACUAUGGAAUCAGGCUGGACGCAGGGUACGACUGAGUCGGAGCGCAUGGACCGUAGCGAUCUAGCCCAUAUGGAUCAGAAGCAAAUCAACAAGCAGAACAAGCGGACGGAGGAGCGGAAGCAGAGGGGCUUGAUGCAGUGGAAGCCAGCGCGGAACCUGAAGUUUGCGAAGGAUGAGGGCAUCAUCGGUCUCAGGAAGAUCAAGAAUAAGUUGACGGGCGGCUUGGAGGGCAGACAGCCGGGUGUGGAGACGGAGACUGGGCAGUAAAUAGGUGUGUGAUGGCGGGCUUUUGUUUUUGGUGUGCGUCGUUCUCGCGGCAUGUGCAGGAUCAGCUUCGGCGUCAGGUAU